GUCCCAAGCCUCUGCCCCCCGAGGGCCUGCAGUACCUUGUGCUGUUGUCCCAUGCCCACAGCCGGGAGUGCAGCCUGGUGCCCGGCCUCCGCGGGCCUGGGGGCCGAGACGGGGGGCUCGUGUGGGAGUGCCCCGCGGGCCACACCUUCUCCUGGGGACCCUCUUUGGGCCCUACCUCUCCAGAGGAGCCCAAACCUGCUCACCUUCCGCUCACUGCCCGGAGAAGCUGGUGCCCAGAGGCCAAGAGUGGGCAGCAGCCUGCAGGUUCGGGGUCUGACCGUGAUGAGAGGACCGUCAAGUCCAGGUUGCCCAGGUCCCUGCCGGAGACCCCCCAGCUCCCAGGAGAAGGCGAGGGCGAGGAUGUGGAGGACGAGGGCGAAGAGGAGGCACUGAGCGAGGCCAGCCCGUGGGCCUACAGCUCCUCCCCAGACGAUAGUGAGCCAGAUGCCCCUGGGACCCACACCCCGAAGGAGGGGCUGACACCCCCUGUGCCUGCAGCUGUCUCCUCUCCGACCCCCGGGCCGUCCUCAGCACCCUCGCCGGGUUCCGGAACCCCAUUGCCUGCGGAAGUCUGGGCACAGCCGGAGCUCAGCCGGCCCUCCCAGGUGGCCCAGCAGCCCGAGCACUCAGCCAGCUUUGGAAGCCAGGCCAAGCCCGCCCCGACUCUGGCCUGGGAUGAGGACACUGCGCAGAUCGGGCCCAAGAGAAUUAGGAAAGCUGCCAAGAAGGAGCUGAUGCCGUGCGACUUCCCCGGCUGCGGGAGGAUCUUCUCCAAUCGGCAGUAUCUGAAUCACCACAGGAAGUACCAGCACAUCCACCAGAAGUCCUUCUCCUGCCCAGAGCCUGCCUGCGGGAAGUCCUUCAACUUCAAGAAGCACCUGAAGGAGCACGUGAAGCUGCACAGUGACACCCGGGACUACAUCUGCGAGUUCUGUGCCCGCUCUUUCCGCACCAGCAGCAACCUCGUCAUCCACAGGCGCAUCCACACCGGGGAGAAGCCCCUGCAGUGUGAGAUAUGCGGGUUCACCUGCCGCCAGAAGGCCUCCCUGAACUGGCACCGGCGCAAGCAUGCAGAGACGGUGGCCGCCUUGCGCUUCCCCUGUGAACACUGUGGCAAGCGCUUUGAGAAGCCGGACAGCGUUGCCGCUCACUGCAGCCGAAGCCACCCAGCUCUGCCCCAAGCCUCUCAGGAGUCACCGGGUGGCUCCGAUCCCUGUCCUAGUCCCUCUGCCCCUGAGUCCCUGGGGGCCCCUCCAUCACCUCAGUCUCCAACCCUGCUCCCCCCUCAGUGAAGUCUGACCUUGGCCUCCGCUGCAGGGAGCCAGACCCUGGGAUACAGUGGAGCCAUGGGUCGGCCCGAGGAGAAGGGCCAGGUGACUGUCCCCAGCGACGGCCCAAGGAGAAGGGCCAGGUGGCUGUCCCCAGCGAUAAGGGUGACGGGGAUGUGGGGGGUGGGAUGGGGGGGGCGCCACUGUGUUCCAGACAAGCUGGACGCCUCCCUCCCUGAGGACAGAAUAAACUUUCACACACCA